AUGGGUUCUAAGAACACCAGAGGAGGAUAUCACUCAGACUGCAUUGAUGAGACGUGGGAGUCAGGGAGGAAGAGCACAAUGAUCUGGGGGGAAUUCUGCGGGGAGAUGAAGAGUGAACUAGUGUUCACUCCUGCUGGAGUUACUAUCAAGUCGCAGACCUAUGUGGAUGAGAUAUUGGAUCCAUAUCUUAUACCCUUCUGGCAUGAGACUUGUGAAGCAUAUGGGUGGACACAGGUGGUCGAGGACAAUGCCCCAGGCCAUAAGGGUGUCGCCAAUCAAUGCAGAGAGGUCAAUGAGGUGGAGACAGUUCCUUGGCCCCCACAAUCACCAGAUCUCAAUCUCAUCGAGGCCUUAUGGGCAGAAAUAGAAACUGAACUGGGAGAGACUAUAGGUCGUGUAAAUGACAUAGAAGUGCUACAGAUUAUGAUAAGAAAUGCCUGGGAUUCUAUUCCUGUAGAUAGACUAGAUAGUUUGGUCAGAAGUAUGCCUCGAAGACUGGCAGCAGUCAUUGCUGCUGGCGGGCAUGCUACACCUUAUUAA